GUAAUUUAAAAAUAUAGACCUACAUGCACAAGAUUUCACCACACACUCUAUAAAGCGGAAGAUAUUUUCUACGCCUACGCCUGCGAGUGUGCUUAAACCCUAGCCCCUCUUCUCUUCAUUCUUCACUCAGGAAACAAGCAUAAUGGCCUUCUGUAAUAAGGUUGGAAAUGUCUUGAGGCAGGGUGCUGCUCGCAGCACACAAGCACCUGUUUCAUCCAUGCUUAAUUACAUUCGCUGCAUGUCUUCAAGCAAGCUUUUUAUUGGAGGCCUUUCAUAUGGAGUUGACGAUCAGUCUCUUAAGGAUGCAUUUUCUGGCUUUGGAGAUGUGGUUGAUGCAAAAGUUAUAACUGACAGAGACUCUGGAAGAUCAAGGGGAUUUGGAUUUGUCAACUUCUCCAAUGAUGAGUCUGCAAGUUCGGCACUCUCUGCAAUGGAUGGGAAGAUGGGCGAAGCAUUAGGGUAUCCUAUGCAAAUGAUAGACCUUCUGGACCUCAAUCUGGCGGCGGCGGCGGUGGUGGUUAUCGCAGUGGGGGUUUUGGCGGCGGGUGGUGAUUUUGCUUCUCGCAAUGGUGGUUGGUGAUUCAAUUUUUGUGUCUUCUGCUUAGUUUUGAGAUUAUUUUUUUUGUUUAUGCUUUGCACUUUGGUAAAGUAGUAAUUAGUGAAUUUUUAUGCUUUUCCUCCUUACAUUUCUUGGUGAUGUUAUUCUGUGAUGUUAAUGGAGCAUUUGUUUCCAUCUAUUAUGGUCAAUGUGAGUGUUAGGUUGGAUUUCAAAUUAGUUUUUCUUGGUUCA